AUGGUGGAUCUUCUCGUCGAAGGUGAUGGCUCUAACGGCAACGGAAAUGGCAAUGCGGUGCCGACAUCCCGCCCGCAAAUUCCUAUUCCACAGCCGACAAGUUCGCCACGAAGCAACAUUCGAGGUCCAAGAAUGAUUAUGCAGGAGCGCCAAGAACGGGAGGCACGGCGAGCGGAACGGGAACGGAUGGAUAGGGCUCAAGCAGAGCAGGAUGCUCGAGUCGCGGCUGAACAAAGACGGCAAGCCGCUGAACGUGAGCGCGCUGCAGCUGCUAUAGCGGCUGCAGCAGCGGCAGCAUCGGCAGCACCGGCCCCUGCUUUCCAAUCCACAUCGCAACAAGUCGACCCCGCCACCCAGCGGAGACAGCAGCGGGCCGAGCGCACGGCAGCGGCGACAUCUGGCCAGCUCGCGCCUCCUCCUACCAUCCAGCAGCAACAAGCACCACAACAACCUCAUAUUUCAUCACAACAACAGCAGCACCAACAGCCGCCGCAGCAGCAACAACAGGCUCAGCCAAGACCUGUGCGCGUCCCUCAAAGCACUCAAAUACCCCAGCAGCCAAUCAACCAACCCCCAAUAUCCGCUGUACCACCUCUGGCUGCAAGUGGUCGCCAGCCUUCAGCAAGCGGAAUCCCAGACCCGGCACCACGGCCAUCGGACCAAACGCAGCCGCAGGCCGGGCUUGACGGGGUUGAUGCAGGAACUGGCGGUGCUAGGGGCCAGCCGCGGAACUCGUUCCCCCACGCUUUUGAGCGGUGGGAAGCGCUGUCUGCGCACUGGGAGGGCUUGACGAGCUUCUGGAUCCGCCAGUUGCAGCAGCGGUCGGAAGAGAUCAACCAGGAUCCCUUGAAUCGGCAACUUGCGCGACAGGUGACGGAUCUGUCGGCCGCAGGCGCCAACCUCUUCCACGCCGUUGUGGAAUUGCAACGCUUGCGGGCCAGCUCGGAGCGCAAGUUCCAGCGCUGGUUUUUCGAGAUGCGCGGCGAUAUGGAGCGCCACACCGAGGUCCAGGCAAUGCUGGAGGCCGCCAUCCAAGAAGAGCGCCGUGGCCGCGCAGAGGCCAUCCGCGAGGCAGUCGAGAACGAACGCUCAAAUUCCAAGAUCCAGAAGCAGCUUGCCGAGAUGCGUAAGGAGCUUGCCAUCUCCAAGGAUGAGGCGCGGCGAGCAUGGGAGGAGCUUGGACGGCGCGAGCAGGAGGAGAGGGACCGUGUAAUUGCGUUGCAAGAGGGGCAGCCGACGAUCGUUGGCGGUGUUCAGGUAGUGCCUAUGACACAGGGUCUUCCUCUCCGCCAACACACCAUCACCACGGGUCAUGAGCAGCAGCAGCCGCCACCACCGCAGCCGCAACCACAACAGCAGCCACAACAGCCACAGCAGCCGCAGCAGGUGCCUCAGCAGCAACACCAACAACAGGCGCCGCCGCCCCAACAGGUCCCACCACAGCAGCAGAAAACGCCACUGUCCGCUCUAGAGCAGCUCCCAUCUCAGACGCAGCAACGCUACCAAGCGUCACCGCAACAGCAGCCUGCGUACACCCGGCCGCCGGUUAGCGCUGCGGGACCUAAUACAGCUGGUGCUGAAUACUACCAGCAGCCACAUGGCCAGUCGGACACAGCGCCGCAAGGGUCUGAUGAGACCUAUGAAGACUACUCCGGUCAAGGUUUUGCUGGACCCGGCUGGGAGACGAUUCCCCGCCAUCACCACCCGACGCGGCUGAGCGAUGUGAUCGAAGAAGACGAUGAGCGCAGCCGGACGUCUGCCAGCCAGGUCAGCCGUGGCGACAGACAGUGA